ACGUGGACUUGUGUGUUAUUUUCCACUGUUGUCGUGUGAGGAGGGAGAGAGGGAGGGAGGUGGAGACAGAGGAGAGGUCUGGACGAAGCUCCCGUCUCUCCCGCUGUCCACCACUCUCUCCUCCUGGCGUCAUGGUGUCCAGACGGGCUCUCCUCCUGCUGGGGGUACUCCUGCUCGCGGGGGUCUCCCUACAGCAGAAGUCUCCAGCCAGGAAGAAACCUCUGAAGAAAGACUCCGGUUCGGACUCAGCUCUGGAGCGUCUCCAGAAAAGUGUCAAUGAGAUCAUCAUCGAGCUCAACGUGCUGAAGGAACUGCAGGCCCUGCAGACAGUGUGUCUGAGAGGCGUGAAGAUCGGCAGGAAGUGCUUCCUGUUCGAGCCGCUCCUGAAGCGCUACCACACCGCCAGCGACGACUGCAACGCGCUGGGCGGCGUCCUGGGCUCCCCGAACACCACCGACGAGAACCGCCAGCUCGCCGACUACAUCCGCGAGAACGCCGGUGACGACGGCAAGGUCUGGCUGGGCGUCAACGACAUGGUGACCGAGGGGCUCUGGGUGGACCAGACGGGCACCAGCGUCGCGUUCAAGAACUGGGACGUCUCCAACUCCAGGUCCCCGCAGCCGGACGGCGGCGCGGCGCACAACUGCGCCGUGCUCUCCAGCGCCCCCGGUGGGCGGUGGUCCGACGAGGACUGCCGCGACGACCGGCAGUCCGUGUGCCAGUUCAACAUCGUCUGAGUGCGUGUCGUGAUGCUAACGCCAGGUAGCCUGCUGGCUGGUUACUUUUCAACAUCGUCUGAGUGAGUCGUAGCGCUAACGCUAGGUAGCCUGCUGGCUAGUUGCUUUGUCAUUUGUUAAUCUUUCAACGUUGAUUUGUUUCUUAUCAAUCUUAACAGUCAGGUUAAGUUGGUGAGAAAUGAUUGAUUAAAUGUUGCUGAAAAAUUGUCUAGUCUUUUAUUACUGCAAUUCAAAGAUGUUUAAUGCCUUACCCAUCUUUAUGGCAAAUUUACUAGAGGUCCCAGUGCAUACAAAUAAAAUAAAAUCUUUUGGUAAAGAUAGGUUGGUGGUAAACAAGACAAUGUUUAUAUUUUGAAAAAGGCUGUUGUAUGAAUUCUUGCUUUGCUUGAUUGCUAACCUUGUGUUUAAUAAACAGAGCUGAAGCAAGA